AUGGCGCACAUUCAAGAGCCUGUGGCCGUCAUUGGCCUCUCCUGCCGGCUUCCAGGAGGAAACAACACUCCCGAAAAGCUAUGGGAGUUCCUGAAACAAGGAGAAAUCGCAUCCAGACAUGUCCCCGAGAACCGCUUUACUUUCGAAAGCCACUACGAUGGGUCCCUCAAGCCUGGGACUAUGCGGCCUCCAGGUGGAAUGUUCCUGGAGAAAGUCGACCCAGCCGAUUUUGACGCCGCGUUUUUUGAGAUUUCGGGCGGCGAGGCAGUCUCGAUGGACCCUAAUCAACGACAGAUGAUGGAGGUUGUUUUUGAAGGACUGGAAAAUGGUGGUAUUACCAUGGACAGUCUGAAUGGGCAAUCGGUUGCUUGUUUUGUCGCAUCCUUCGCGACUGACUACGGUGAAAUCCAAAACCGUGACCCCCUUGACCGGGCAUCGAACCAUGUCAUUGGUAUCGGUCGUGCCAGUAUGGCCAAUCGAUUGAGCUAUUUCUUGAACAUCAAAGGCCCGAGUGUCACUAUUGAUACAGCCUGCUCAGGAAGUAUGGUUGCACUACAUUUGGCUGUGCGCGCCCUUCACAACCAUGAAUCCGACAGCGCUAUUGUGGCAACUAGCAAUCUCUUCCUCAGUCCGGAGCAUACCCAAGAGGUGGGCAGUCUUGGACAGGCUCACUCGCCUUCUGGCCUUUGUCAUACGUUUGACGCCUCGGCCGAUGGGUAUAUCAAGUCCGAGGCCGUUAGCGCCGUCAUCAUAAAACGCCUUUCGGAUGCAAUCCGCGACAAGGACCCCAUCCGAGCUGUUAUCAGAGGAACUGCCUCCACUAGCAAUGGAAGGACAAAUGGUAUCGCUAGCCCUAGUUCCGAGGCACAGGCGGCAACCAUCAGACAGGCGUAUGCUGCCGCUGGUAUCACUAAUUUCAAUGACACUGCCUAUCUCGAAGCCCACGGUACGGGUACUCCAGCUGGAGACCCGACUGAAGUAAAUGGAGCUGGAUCUGUGUUUGCUUCGAGCCGUGAAGCCGGCAAGCCAUUGAUAAUUGGAUCGAUCAAAGCCAACCUGGGACAUGCGGAGCCUUCAGCUGGCAGUAACGGUGUUAUCAAGGCCAUCCUCGCCUUGGAAAAGGGCAUUAUCCCGGGAACGCCGAGUCUCAUUAACCCGAGUCCGAAGAUUGACUUUGUGGCCAACAAGGUGCGGGCCUCUAGAACGGCUCUGCAGUGGCCAGACGAGCCUGGAAAAAUCCGACGAGCCAGUGUCAACUCGUUUGGUUAUGGAGGAUCCAAUGCUCAUGCCAUUGUGGAACAAGCAAGCCCUGACCACAAGGUCACGCAUGUAUCCUCUUACGUCGAUGAGGAGGAAAUGACCUUCGAGGACGAUGAUCUGGACGCUGACAGCAACAAAAAGCUCUACACUUUGGUGGUUUCGGCCAACGACCAGGCAGCGCUCAAGGGAAAUGUCGAGGCACUGUGCAACCACCUCAUCAACCCGCGUGUGCGCGUGAAUCUGGACGAUCUGGCAUACACCUUGUCGGAGCGUCGCUCGAACUUUUUUCAUCGCGCCUAUGUCGUUGCCCAAGACACGGAGUUUGAACCUAGCGACUUUGUCCUCAGCAAGAAGUACCCCAAGACUCCUCGUGUCGGCUUCGUCUUCACCGGCCAGGGUGCGCAGUGGCCCCAGAUGGGUCAAGCAUUGCUCCAGUAUUUCCCGGAGACGCAUACCCUGCUUGAGGAAUUUGACCAGGUUCUCCAGAGUCUGCCUAGUCCCCCUACGUGGUCAUUCGUGAAGGAGCUCACCGAGCCUCGCACUCCCGAGCACUUGCGCCAGCCUGAGUUCUCCCAACCUCUCGUGACCGCUCUGCAACUUGCCAUUCUCUCCGUUCUUGAGGCUUGGAAUGUCACCCCUAGCAGCGUAGUAGGACAUUCCUCGGGAGAAAUCGCUGCUGCGUACGCUGCCGGAUUCCUCAGCCGCGCUGAUGCUAUCAAGGCCGCGUUCUAUCGUGGCCGAGCAGCUGUCAACCGAAAGGAAGAGGCCGAGUCCGAUGUGGGUAUGCUAGCGGUUGGUCUCGGCGCUGACGCUGUCGCCCCCUUCAUCGAGAAAUAUGCCGGCGACCUCUGGAUUGCCUGUUUCAACAGUCCCAGCAGUUUGACCAUUUCGGGUCGCAAACCAGCCCUCGAAGCUUUGGCCUCAGAUAUCAAAGCGGAGGGGCACUUUGCCCGGUUGCUUUUGGUGGACCUUGCCUAUCACUCCGAGCUCAUGGGCGUGAUCGGCGAGGAAUAUGAUAACCUUCUGGCUGCCGAUGGCCAGUUCACCUCGGCUGAGGCGUCCUCUGAGGGUGUUUCCAUGUUCUCGUCUGUUACUGGCUCGAAGAAGACUUCGGCAGCCGAUGCUGUUUACUGGAAGGCUAACAUGGUCUCCCCUGUUCGCUUCACCGAGGCCUUGUCCGCAAUGAUCUCGAGUUCCGAGAAGCCAGACAUCGUCGUCGAGAUUGGACCCUCCGGUGCACUGGCUGGACCAGUCUCUCAAGUUCUCAAAUCGGUUCCAAGCGGAGCUGAUGUCGCAUACGUUGCAUCCUGGUCUCGAGGUCCUGAAGCUGCUAAGUCGCUUUUCAAGGUCAGUGGAACGCUGUUUAACGCUGGUGCCUCCGUCAACCUGGCGGCAGUCAAUCGCUACAGCAGCGAGGCCCGCGUGAUUGUCGACUUGCCCAACUACUCCUGGAACCACACGGUCAAGUACUGGUUUGAGAAUGAAGCCAGUCGUGAUUGGCGUUUCAAGAAGUAUCUUACCCACGAUCUCAUCGGAAGCAAGGUCCUUCCUUAG